GUGCGUUCCAUAAUAAAUGGUGAGACUACCAUUGAACACUUGAUACGGCGCCAACGACUUCGCUUUCAAUCUGAGGUUAAGGACGAACGUCGUUCUCAACCUUUAAUUAAGUCGAACGGAUCCCAACCCUGCCUAGAUAUGAAUCUGGAUGCUGAAGUAGGUCAAGCGGAUAAGUCUCCAAUGCCCGUCCACCGUGCAACAAUUUUGGAGCUCUUUCAACAAGUCUUUGGAUCCGGUUAG